AUGGUUAUGGCUUCACGAUUCCCACGCUCAAAUCUCCACCAGCGCGAUCCUCGUGCUUCCUCAUCCCUCUUUGACUCAUACGGUGGCGAUUCCCGACCCGCCAGUAAAUCCCCUGGCCGCAUAGGUGGAUACGGAUAUGGGGCCUACACUCCCCCGGCCGGAGAUAGCUCCUUGAACGGCGGUGCGACGGCUGGAUAUCGAGCUGCGACCCCAAACGCCAAAGGCCACUAUUCCGAUGCCGUUCUCUCCCACCUAGAGUCGCAAAAUGACACCGAAGUUGAAGGCAUCAGCGCCAAAGUCAGGAUGUUGAAGGAUCUCACGGUUGCGAUUGGCGAUGAGAUUCGCGAUACCUCGACUAUCUCCGAUCUCAACAACACCUUCGAAAACACCCGGGUCCGCCUCCGCGGGAAUAUGAAUCGUAUGCUGCGGAUGGCGGAGCGCACUGGUGUUGGCUGGCGAGUGUGGUUCGCUUUCUUCGUCGCCGUCUUCUUGCUCUUUGCGUACGUGUGGUUGACCUGA